AUGACACUAUUUGAAAUGAACAAUCAAACAGAGGUCACUGAAUUCAUCUUCUUGGGAUUUUCCAACCACCCCAAACUACAGGGCUUGCUCUUCCUGAUCUUCCUGGUCAUUUACCCGACAACUCUCCUGGGGAACACUCUUAUUAUAAUGGCCACCAGGAUCGGUCCUGCUCUCCACACUCCAAUGUAUUAUUUCCUCAGCAACCUGAGUUUCUUGGAUGUCUGCUACACAUCCACCACCAUUCCAGUCUUGCUGAUGAACUUCUUCCUGGAGAAGAAAACCAUCUCAUAUGAGGGCUGCCUCUCCCAGAUUUUCUUCCUUGUGACAUGUGCUGGCACUGAGGGUGUCUUAUUGGCUGCUAUGGCUUAUGACCGCUAUUUAGCCAUUUGCCACCCUUGUCAAUAUUCAGUCCUCAUGAGUGUGAAGGUCUGUGCUUUUUUGGUGACUGGGUCUUGGCUAUGUGGCCUGGUGAAUUCUGUGACACACACAGUACUGGCAGCCACACUCACUCUGUGUGGGCCCAACCAGAUCAGCCACUUUCUCUGUGACAUCCCACUGCUCCUGAAGCUCUCCUGCUCAGACACCUCUCUCAAUGAGUCUGUGCUCCAUGUGGCCAGUGCCACCAUUGGCCUGAGCCCCUGUCUGUUUACUGCAGUGUCCUACAUACUCAUCAUCUCUACCAUCCUUAGGAUUCCCUCUGCUCAGGGCAGGAGCAAGGCCUUCUCUACCUGUGCAUCCCACCUCACCGUGGUGGUGGUCUUUUAUGGAAUGGCCAACUUCAACUAUGACAGACCCAGAGAAGGCUACAACCUGGAUGUGGACAUCCUGGUCUCUGUGCUGUUCUGUUUUAUGACCCCCAUGUUAAACCCCAUCAUCUAUAGCCUGAGAAACAAAGAGGUCAAGGGUGCCCUGAGGAAGCUGAGUGGAAGGUGGGUGUUCCCUGCCAAUAUUUGUGUCUAG